AUGGUGAUGGCCAAAGACCGGAGAAGUCACAGCGAGGAGCACGUUGUCAGGACCGGAGUGUUUCUCUACACUGUCCCCGGGAAGUACACCUUCAAGGUGCCCCACGGGUGCCGGAGCCUGAAGGUCCAGGUCUGGGGCGCCGGCGGGGGCGCCGGGCACUUCAAGGGGGGGCAGUCCGGGGAUGGCGGGGGUGGAGCUUUCGCGGAGGCCCUCCUGUACGUCACCCCAGAUGACGAGCUCGAGGUCACCGUCGGAGGCGGGGGGGCGGCGGGGGAAUACGGGAGCGAAAAAGAGGUGCCCGGGGGAUUUGAUGACUUCGGGAAGGCCGUCUUUGACAUGAUCGAUCAGCACGGUGUGGCCGAAGGCGGUUGGCCGGGGGGCGGGGCCGGUCACGGCGGGAACCCGCACUGGGCGGCGGGCGGCGGAGGCGGAUGUUCCAUGGUUGCGAAAAAGGCAUGUGUGAUUGACAUGAGGAACGGCCGAAUGGGAACAGCCACUUGCGGCGGGGAAGCGGGAGACAGCGGGGACAUCAAUGGGUGUACCUUCCCGCCUGAGCACGGCCAAGCUUGGGCCGGCGGCAACGGGGGGCAAUACGGUGGCGGCGGUGGCUCCGGGUGGUUUGGAGGGGGUGGUGGAGGGACGUCCCCCGGGAUUGUUGGAGGUGGUGGCGGGGGCUCGUGUUUCGUUAAUGCCGCAUUCUCUAUGGACCUGGUUGUUCUCCAAGGGAUAGGGCGUAUCCCAGGUGGAACCGAUAAAAUGCCGCCGCGGGCGAGAGGUUUUGCUGAGGAUGACAUUGCAGGAGGCAUCUGCGGAGAAGGGGGUGAGGGAGGACCGUGGGAACUUAGGCCUGGAAGCAACGGCGCGGUAAGAAUCCACAAGAUGGGCUUCUUCGAGAAACAGCUCGCACACAACUGAGCCGGCGGGUGUACUUCACGAAGGGCCAAGAGAGAAUGACCGUCCAAUCUUGCACGAGCCACGAGAACGAUCGAUCAUGAUCGAUUGAGGCCUCACACCCGCCUGAAGAACGUGGCAGCAACAACGUGGUGGCAUUCGAGACAGCACGCCCCCUUUGCUUUCUG